CAGGUCUGUCAGCGGGGGCGGGGAGCCGCCGGUGGUGUGGGCCAUGGCGGGCCGAAACCCGGGCACCGAGCUGGAACUUGGCUGGCUCUCCAAAGUGUAUGUGAAUCGACCUGCAGUUGUGAAGCAUGCAGAAGAAAUUAAAACAUGGAGAACUCUGAAAGGUAAUUGGCAAGCUGCUUGGCUGCUGAAAGCGGUCACCUGCAUCGACCUUACCACACUUUCAGGCGAUGAUACUGCUUCAAACGUUCACAGACUGUGUUUUAAAGCAAAGCAUCCCAUCAGAGAGGAUCUGCUGAAAGCCUUGGACAUGCACGAUAAAGGCAUCACUGUGGCAGCUGUUUGUGUAUAUCCUGCCAGAGUCACCGACGCUGUGAAUGCCUUAAAGGCUGCGGGUUGUAACAUACCAGUAGCUUCAGUGGCUGCUGGGUUUCCAUCUGGACAAACUCCUCUAGAAACCAAACUGGCUGAAAUAAAGCUAGCUGUGGAAUAUGGUGCCAGAGAGAUUGACAUUGUCAUUAGCAGAAGUCUGGUGCUGGCUGGCCAGUGGGAAGGUCUCUACGAGGAGAUCCGUCAGUGCCGGCAGGCCUGUGGAGAAGCUCACAUGAAAACAAUCUUGGCAACAGGUGAACUGGGGUCCCUUGCUAAUGUCUACAAAGCCAGCAUGAUAGCCAUGAUGGCAGGUUCUGAUUUUAUAAAGACAUCUACAGGAAAGGAGGUGGAAAAUGCAACCCUUCCAGUUGGAGUAAUCAUGAUGAGGGCCAUUAAGGAAUUCUACUGGCAGACUGGCAACAAGGUUGGAUUUAAACCUGCUGGGGGCAUUCGGACAGCACAAGAAGCUAUUACUUGGCUUAUGCUGGUGAAGGAGGAGCUGGGAGUGGAAUGGCUAACACCAGAGCUCUUUCGCCUGGGUGCCAGUAGUUUGCUGGAAGACAUUGAGAAACAGAUUUUCUAUCAUGUGACUGGUUCUUAUCCACUUCUGCAUGACCUGGCAAUGGCUUAGCCACAAAACCAACUCGGGAUUACUUAUGACACAGGUCUUUAACCAGCCGGCAUUCACAAGUCUUCUGCCGAGCAAGGGGGUAUGAUGCAAUUAAAGGCCUAAUUCUCCCUCCUUCCUAUUUUAUAGUAUUUAAAAAUGUGCUCAAGUCUGUUGGCUGUGCUUGACCCAAAAGCAUGAAGAAAUGGUGCUUCUGAGACAGAAGCUUGCAGAUGUGAAAAGCUACUCCUGCAAAGUUUUCCUCGGACCAGCCUGAGAAGCCUCCUAAUGGCAGCCCUGAGAUACAAGGAAAGAGAUGUAGGAGGCCCGCUAGCACUUUGCAGUUGCAGAGGAUGACAUCUCUCUGGGAUGCCUCAGAUGGCUAAUUAAGAGCUACAGAUUCUGCAGCAGCUUUCCAUUCACCUCAGACAAAAUCAUCUGCCACGGAUGUGUUGCACUAUUAAUUGUUAUGUUGAUUCACUUUCAAGCAUUGUAACCUGAGAAAAUGAAACCUGGCUAGUACUUCCUUUU